CGCCAGUCCGACAAUUGUUACGAUUUCUCAUCCCAGAGACCAAGAAAAUCAAUGUGCACGAACAAAUACGGACGUGGUCAGAAGAUGGCGGAGUAGAAUCGGCCUCAUGCACGGCAAGUCAGGAGUCAGGCAGGUCUUCAAAAUUCCAGCCUGUUGUCUAGUAAUCAAACGCGAUCCUCGGAUGUGGCGAAUGUACAGGGCACAUAUGGGGCUGGAACAUGUCUUGUAUGAACGACACUCUCAUGAAUCGUCGUCUGCAUUCUCCAUUGAAUCGGUCGGUCAUUUACGACGAGCCACAAAGACUCGAGGCCACUCUUCCUCCGUGGCGAAUCUUGAAAAGCGAAAGAUCAGUACAGUCAUACAAAGUUCGAAUGCCGCCGAUAGCAAGCGGUAGAGACUCAGAAGCGACACGAAAUGGUCGCAAUUGAAGAC